AUGUGGAUACCGGCAAGUGGGCUCUUGUUAGAGAGCCUCAUCCUCCCAACUCCUGUCAUCGCACAGGCAUCAGCCCUGACAAGCUCAUACGCCCCUCAGCAUACCCUUCCAGCAUCUGUGAAUGAGGCUCCUCCGGUGCUGCUUAACAUCCAAGACUCGCAGGUAGUGGACGCUCAGACAAUCUGUCCUGGAUAUAUUGCCACCAAUGUUCGAAACACAACCAACGGCUUCACCGCUACCCUCCACUUCGCCGGUUCGCCCUGCAACUUAUACGGCACAGACAUAGAGGCUCUCAAUCUUAAGGUAGAGUAUCAGGCAACUGACCGUCUACAUGUUGAGAUUGCGUCAGCUUUCAUUCAAGCAAAUAACAUCAGCCAAUAUAUUUUAUCGUCCAGCUUGGUUCCGAAGCCCCUAUCCGAUUCCGGCGUGCUACCCGACUUGGACUUUUCAUGGACGAAUAACCCGUCUUUUGGCUUCACAGUGAGCCGGAAAUCAACUGGCGAUCAGAUCUUCUCGACGAGAGGCACAAAAUUGGUAUAUGAGAACCAGUUUAUUGAGUUUGUAAGCGCCCUUCCGGAGAACUAUAACCUCUAUGGAUUGGGCGAAUCUAUCCACCAGUUUCGGCUAGGGAACAAUUUCACAAAAAAGUUCUACGUAGCCGAUGUUGGAAACGUCGUUGACGCGUACGGAGUCUUCCUUCUGCAUCUAACCCUCUGCAAUUAG